UGCCACUUUAGUAGAAUCAAAGUUAGGUUAUGUCGGAGCUGAUUCAUUCCGUUGUCAUUUUGCAUUAUGUAUAGAUCGCAGUUGGAGCAAAGCAUGUAUGUGAUCGCGAAUAGUUGAAUGACAUUAACUGUGAAGAAAUUGAAGAAUUAGUAUAAUUUGAUUACUGAAAACGAUCAAUCAUGUCAAUCCCGCUGCAGUAUACCAGAGAAGAUGAUUUUGUCGAGUGUUUUCUGUUUCCACACUUGUGUUACAAAUCGACGGAAGAAAUAUCUCAAGAUGAAUUAGUAUCUGAAAUAAACAAAUACAACAAUCAUAUUUCAAUGUAUACUCGAGAAUAUAUAUGGCAUAGAGACUCGUUAGGCUUUCAAGCAAGAACAAAAAAUAUUAUCCAGCUCAACAAAGAACUUGAUGGUGGAGCUCGAGUGGAAGAUUAUCAGCUACCACCGCACGUAUAUGCCAGUCUUCGAUUUGAUGAGGAUGUUGGUGACGAGUGGUUUCUUGUAUUCCUAGUAGUGGAACUGACGAAGGCGUUUGACGGCUUAAUCGUAAAAUUGGUUGACUCUGAUGGAGAAUUCUUACUAAUAGAAGCUGCGGAGGCUUUGCCAAGCUGGGCGACGCCACAAACUUGUCAGGAUCGAGUUUUCAUCUAUAAUGGCGAAAUACAUGUGGUUAGAGAUGAAAACCUGUCUCAUAUAGAAAUGCUGCGAACCAUUAAUGAAAAACCUACAGCAUCCAAAAUGGAGUGUGGUGUACAGGCGGCUAUUCAAAAGAGAAUUUCCAUAUACCCGAUGGAAAUACAAAACAGAAUCCACAAAGCUCGCGUCUUUUUACCAGAAAGAGCUAUUGCCAUACUCAGACAGGAACCUGGCUUGAUUGCAGCAGCACUGAGGACUGUUUGUCAAUCAGAUCCACUUGAGCGAAAAGUUUGCCAAGCGAUGAAAUACUUUCCACCAGAACAACGUGCCAUGGUCAAUGUGAAAAUGACUCGAUGCCUAUAUGCAAUGGCAAUUCACUGCCGUUACGCUGGCGAUCCAAGAACUGGUUGGAAUUUACCUUCGCCCAAUGAUUCUCAGCAUAAGCCACAUCUGUUGGGGAUAAAGAUAUCGUGUGGGUUAGAAAUGCUUGUUGCACGAGCUAGUCGCAAGAUUAAACAGAAUAAAGAGAGUGAAAGUAAAAACGAAACUGAAUGGGUUGCAUAUCUGAAACGAUUGACAGCAAACGGAUAUUUCCGAAAUCUUUUAGAGGGUAGUCAAGAGUACAACCGACUGCUUAGAUUGGCUAAGGAGUACUUUCAAUCCAGUUCCAGGGACCAUUCGUUAUCUGGUGACAAGAACGAAGCUCGACGAAUAUUGGAGGCCUGGCGCAAUGCUCCGUGUUAUGAACUCGAGUCCUUGAGUGAAGGGAGGUUGAGUCCUCCAGAUAAUGAUAACUGGCUCAACAUAGAUCCAGAACAGCUGCACUCAAUGCUGGACCAGCAGUGGUCGUCAAACGAUCGAAUGGUUGAUCAGCAUCCACCUUCAAUCCAAGAGAAAGUUCGGGAGUUUUUGCAACAUUCAAGUGACGUAGACGGAGUGCAGUUUCCAAGCCAACUGACUAAGUCGAAUGCUGAUAACAACGAAAUCAGAGUAAAUGGCGAUGCUGAUGAUACGAGGAUAGACUUCAAUGCAGAUGCAUUUGAUUCCGCUUUACGUGGAAUCUUGGACCUUGUUGUGCCAGGAGAUGAAAAUGAUUUCGACAGCAACUCAGAAGGUUCGUUGGGCGGAAGCGAGGAGGACAAAGGUGGUGAAUUGGACAAGUACAUGCGACUGCUCGACUCUCAACUAGAAAUGGAUUUGCACCUGAGCGGAUUACGAGAAAACGCUAAUGCAGACACUUGCGUUGAAGAUUCGACUGUGGAGAUGAAUUUGAGAGAAAGCGCAGAAGGCGAAGCAGGAGGCACAGGAGCUGUUGGAAAUAUUCUUGGCGGACCCAUUCGGCGUCUCUUACAUUUACACCUGCAAUCACCCUCGACUGUUCCACCUGACUUGCAAAGUUAAAUUUUUCACAAUUAUCAUUAUUAUUAAAAAUGACGUCAGUAGUCAGCUUGUCUUCAAUAUAUUUAGACAAAAAGAAAUAUUAGCCAAUGUAUUGUGAAUUGGCAGCUAUUGACUAACGCCGUUUUUAUUUUUUUAUCUCGUUUUAUAUCUUUUGUAUUAUCAAUACUAACAGUAAAGUUCUGUUACAACUUCACAAACCGUUCGUCUAAUAAACGCUACUGUACAUUGAUGUUAUUGUAAACAUUUUGGAGCGAGAACUAAUAAACGGCAACCGCCUAUACUUGCUUAGUGAAUUGGUUGUUCUGAUGAUACGACAAUUGCAUAGCUCAUAAGGAUGCGCCUGUUUUCGCGACAAAAUCCAAUGUAUGAGGGGUAGAGAUGAGGAGGACUGU